AUGGUUGUUCUCAAGGGUUCAGUGCCUAUGGCAUUUGGAGGUACCCAGGAGCCUGCAGCUUAUGGUGAGCUGGUUUCCAUUGGAGGGUUGAACCCUGAUGUCAACAAGAAGCUGAGUGCUGCCAUUGCUUCUAUUCUGGAGUCAAAGCUGUCCAUUCCCAAGUCCUGCUUCUACCUCAAGUUCCACGAUUCAAAGGCUCAUCCUGCACAAGAACAUGCUCAAUGUUUGCAUCGCUCGGACUUUGGUUGGAAUGACUCCACCUUCUAG